GGUGGAAUCCUUAGUAUGCUGCUAGCAAGUGUUGCGUUGAGUCUGACGAAGAAUUGUUCUACAAAAAGUGAAGUUUGUGAAGUUCGUUUUGAGUUUUUUUUUGCGAGAAUCUAUUGAAACAAUACUCGAGUGAAUAUGGACACUUUGUAUAUUGGAAACCGAAUAUUUGUCAAUUCGGAACUGUAUCCGGAUUUCAUUGCUGGUGGAGUUCUCGUGUCCGGCGUUGAUGGCAAAGUGAAGUCAAUUUUUGAAUCGCCGGACGAGGUGGAUAGUUACCUGGAGUAUAAUGAUGCUGAAGUUUACGAUUUUGGUGACCUGGUCGUGAUGCCCGGUUUGAUCGACUCGCACGUCCACAUCAACGAACCGGGCCGUACCGAAUGGGAGGGUUUCCAUACGGCUACCAAAGCAGCAGCCGCCGGCGGAUUCACCACGAUCUGCGACAUGCCGCUGAACUCGAUUCCUCCGACGACCACCAUGGCCAACCUGCGUACCAAGAUCAAUGCCGCUCGGGGGAAGAUCUUCGUGGACGUUGCUUUCUGGGGUGGAGUCGUUCCGGGGAAUAGCCACGAACUGCCGGACAUGAUUCAGGCCGGAGUCGUGGGGUUCAAGUGCUUCCUCUGUCCCAGUGGGGUGGACGAGUUCCAGCACGUUGGCGAGGAAGAUCUGCACAAGGCUCUCCAGACGAUGGAAGGAUCCGGAUCGGUGUUGGCAUUCCACGCGGAGGUCGAAUGCAGCUCCCACAACCACGGUCACUCCAGCGAGGACAAUCCGAAACAGUACCAAACGUUCCUCCAGGCUCGUCCGGACCAAAUGGAAGCCGAAGCCAUCCAGCUGGUUUCGCGAGUUUCCCAACAGUACGACGUCCCGUGUCACAUCGUGCAUCUGUCCUCGGCACGUGCCCUGCCGACAAUCCGCGAGGCCCGUUCCAACGGGGCCCAGUUGACGGUGGAAACCUGCCACCAUUACCUAUCGAUCGCCGCCGAAGACAUCCCCGACGCCCACACCGAGUUCAAGUGUUGUCCACCGAUUCGCGGCAAGACCAACCAGGAACUUCUGUGGCAAGCGGUCUGCGACGGAGAUAUCGACAUGGUGGUGUCGGACCAUUCGCCCAGUACCCCCAGCAUGAAACUGCUCACGUCCGGCAAGGACCGUGGGGACUUCCUCAAGGCCUGGGGUGGAAUCUCCUCGGUGCAGUUUGGACUGCCGCUGUUCUGGACCAACUGCCAGCGGUACGGGCUGGACAUUGCGGACCUGGUGAAGCUGCUCUGCACGAAACCGGCUGAGUUGUGUGGACUGGACCGGGUCAAGGGUCGGCUGGAGGUUGGGUUCGACGGGGACAUCUGCGUGUGGGAUCCGGAGGAUACCUUCACGGUGACGCACGACAUUAUCGAGUUCCAGAACAAGGCCAAUCCGUACAUGGACCGGAAACUGAGGGGAGUGGUACAUGCAAGUUUCAUCCGCGGUUAUCCGGUUUACAGGCAGUCGGAGAAGUUCGGGCUACCACUGGGGAACAUUCUGAUGAAGAAGGGGGGUAGGAGGGCGGUGAAGGUAGAGAAAUGAUCGGUGUGGGUUGAUAAGGUCGUAAUUGUAAGUUGUGUUUAGUGUAAGUUGUUGAUUGUAGUGUACAAAGUCUGAUAGGAUUAAAAGUAUUUUAGGUUGUAUGAUAAUAUAUUUUAAAGCGAUUAUUGAUGAAUAAAUUAUUCAUUUUAUUUGUAA